CACCACCAUUUCUUAGCCUGCGCCACUGCCCUCUUUACGCCCCCAUCUUCUCCUCCCCCAGUCGUGCACACCUCCGCCACUUCAAAGCCCAGUGCCGCAUCGACCACCUCACACACUACCACCACCACUACCACUGCCAUCACCGCAAGCAACAAACCCAUAUCCUGUAGUGUCAGUAUUAUUACCUCCCUGGCCUUCGCUGCGGUGGGGUGCGGGUUCUACGUCCCUUAGUGUUCGUUUUAUAUACCUCCCCUCUCAUCCUGCGGGAGGCUCUCUUCCUACUUACUUUCCCCGAGUUGACGGGAAUGAGAUAUCUGCGUGUUUGCGUAUCUCUCUCUCACUCUGUGGUGUCUUUCUCUUCUCGCAUAAAAGAAAAAAAAUUCCCACCCAUCUUCUUCUUCCGGUAGUUACAUCUCUUUGAAAACCCCAAAAAAUCGACUAUGCAGCUUGCGACUGCAAAGUUAGAGAGUUCGGUGAGUGGAUCAUAGAUAUAUGCUUCUUUCCCGAUUCGGUGUCUGUAUCUGUCUGUAGGUGGUUCUCUUUUGUGUGUGUGUGUGUUAGUUAACAAUUUCUUCGUGUGGAGAGGGGUUUUCGUGUUCGGGAUAGUGCGUUGGACCGAGGUGGUUUCAUUUGUUCUUGGUCAGUAGGCGAGACGCUCCAGCUUGUGCAAAUCGUAUCCUGGCGGCAAGCCUGCGCUGGUCGUUUGUGUGGUUGAUACGAUCGUAGUCAUUCUUUGAAGCCCAUGCAUAUGCUGUUGGAGGGUAGUCGUGGAUCUGCUUUUACACAUCCGUGGCUGGUGAAGUUGUAGUUGUCACUGGGUACCCAUCUUCUUGGUGGCAGGUGUAUCCCAAUUGUGACAUCAACAUCGUCUUGGGUGAUAUACCAUCGGAGACAAUCUGGAAGAGUAGAGUAGUCGUGGUGGUAGAUAAGUGGUGCCUGUGUGGCCUGGUGGUUACAUGUUGGUAGCAGAUGGGAUCUUACUAUCGUAUUGACUCCCUCUAGAAGCUUCGGAAUUGGUGGUCGUCCAUGGCAGCUGGAGUAGCGUGAGAAACUUGUUCAAGACAAUUUUCGUAAUUGUAGAGUCAGUGGCGUUAGGGCUUUAUUCAAUGUUCGCCGUCUUUGAAUACCAAGAAGCUAGCGACACAGUACGAAACCUUUAAAAUUUGGAAAAGAAAAAAAAAGGAAAAGAAGAAGAAGAAGAAAAACAGCCGUCUCAUCCUGCCCUCUGCAUCUUCUUGUAGAGUGGUUGUGAAGAGAAUUCACAAACAAUCACCACAUGCGGCGCAGCAGGGGUGGAGAAAUAGCAUCUUCUCAGAUUCUCGUCUCCUCUUUGGGCCCGUCGCGGCGAUCACAGGCUCAUAUACUGGAUAUUGUGGAUGAUUGGGCCUUGUUAGUCAAGUGCAGAUGUCUGAAGACGGAGAUUGAAGCCGUUCGUAUACCUCCGACGCAACCUUACAUUGUUCCGGAUAUUAUUACCACGAUUGUGUGAAUCCAGGUAACACGACGAGUUUGCUUGUUCGAGGCUUCUGAAGCUGCAAAUCUGCUAAGUUUUGAGCCAGUCUCAAAGGAAUACUCGUGAAAACUGAAGUUCGGUAAAGUCGAAGAUCUCCAUCGAGCAACUUGUUCUAUGAUGCCACCCUUCGGGUCGCUUCUGGAGCCGUCCACAGAUUCGAGAGGAGGCCCAGGCUCUUUCUAUGUCAAACCAGAGCUCGGUGUGGAUGCCGUGAAAAAGAUAGGAAUGGAUACACCCCAGAGUGCUUUCUCCAGCUACCGUGACGCUCAUCCGCCAUUGCGUAAACCAUUGCAGCACGAGCUCUCGGCAUUUGGCCCGUUCGCAGCACAAGGUCAGAGCUCCGUGGAUGCAUCAGCAGUAAACGUGGCGCCAAUACUACCCAGUGUGGAUGCGCACUUGCAGUUGUGGAGGCCGACAUCGAGGCAGCCGGUUCAAGUGAAGCACUACCUUCAGCCCACAGUGCUCCAGUCGACCACGAAUAAUUUUCUUUCAAAGAAGCAGAGCACUGAAGUGUCGCAGCAAUUCAACGGCAUGUUCCGUUCGACCAAUGCGAAUGCGAUGCACAGCAAGUCGUCAGAUGUGGGAUCUAGUGGAUUGGUUACAGGAAUUCGUGAUACGACCUCGGACGGGUUCGUGGUCGUGUCAUGCAAGCAGGUGAAGUGCAAGCAAGAGUGCGACAUCGCCAGCUCCUCGUUUUCGGCACCACCACUUUCUAGGAAACGCUCGCAUUCGGACCUAGCUGAGGAGGAGAGCUGCGACUCGGAGCUCGUGUUAGGGAUUGGUGGACGCAGCAGCGUCAGCAGAGGAGGUAGCGAGUUCAGGAAUUCUCGGGCGUCUUCGCCGAGAAAGUCCUUGAAAUCAUCCGACACUAGACUGGAUUUAGUUUCGGCGGACUUGUGUUUAGCUCCACCUGUUCUAGCGCCCGAGUACUCCAGUUCAAGCUCUCAGCAGGAGGUACCCUCGUCGUCUAUGCUCGAAGUUCAACCUUUCGGCGAGAGUUCUAAGGUCUCGCAUUCUCGGGGUCCGUAUGCGAGUCCCACGGAGUCCCACCUCUCGUUUCAGAAAAUCAAAUCUCAGGAUGCGUCGAGGAUGGAAGGCGUCACCUGCGUCUCGCAGGCUGAGUCGCACCCGACAGGUUCAAGAUGCUGCCAGCCAGUGCGGCCGCUUCUCAACUUGGAGGCAAUCAAACGGGAGUGUGAUGCAGUGGAGCGGGAGCGCGAUAAUGAGGAAUCUCUGGCCCAGUCUCGCACCCAUCACGAAGGUGUCGAGUUGGGUCUGUUUCCAGGCGUAUUUGCAGCCGACACAGGUAAAAAGUCGGAGACAUCAGGAUUGCAGCUUGUCAAUCUGCUGCACGACUGUGCUGAGGCCGUUUCGAAGGGCAAGAUCGAGACCGCGACGCAAAAGCUGGAGGAGUUGUACUCGCACGCAUCUCUCUUCGGUGACUUCAUGCAGCGGGUUGCAGCUUUCUUCACGGAAGGAUUGGCAGCACGGAUGGUUGGAAAAGACAAGCCCAUGUACAAGAAUCUGAUGGUGCAAUCUCGCCUCGACGACUAUCUGUCUGCCUUCACCACCCUCUACAAAGUUUGUCCAUAUUUCCAGUUCGGUCAUUUUGCGGCGAACCAAGCCAUUUUGGAGGCUGUAGAGGGUCGCAGCGUUGUGCACAUCAUCGACAUGGAUUUGAUGCAAGGUUUACAGUGGCCGGGAUUUAUCCAGUCACUCAGCGAGCGCGAAGACGGUCCUCCUAAGCUCAAAAUCACUGGAAUCGGCACGAGUUGUAAUUCUUUGCAAGACACCGGGCGGCGGCUAGCAUCGUUUGCAGAAACCUACGGCGUUCCAUUCGAGUUUCAUGCCGUCGUUGGAGAACUAGAAGAUCUGACUCCAAUGGAGCUCGGCGCGAAACCCGGCGAGGCGGUAGCUGUAAACUGUGUGAUGCAACUUCAUCGCCUCCUCAACAAUGGCGACAAAUUGCAUAACUUUAUCGCGGGGUUGCGGAGCUUACAUCCUGUGAUGUUGACCCUGGUGGAACAGGAAGCGAAUCACAACACCAGCUCUUUUCUGGGCAGGUUUGUGGAGGCAGUCCACUACUAUGCAGCGGUUUUUGACUCCUUGGACAGCUCCCUCCCCUUGGCAAGUGAGGAACGUGCGAAGAUCGAGCAGCUGUAUUUUGCUCAACAGAUCAAGAACAUAGUGGCGUGCGAGGGUGUAGAUCGAAUCGAGCGUCACGAAACUCUUGAUUUGUGGCAGAAACGGAUGGUCACUGCAGGGUUUCGACAAUUGCCCUUGAGUUCCCAUGCCGUCACUCAGGCGAAGCUGUUGCUCUCUCUGUCCCCAUGCGGCGGGUAUCGCCUCUCUCAGCAACCUGGCGGAAGCAUUUCCCUCAACUGGCAAGACCAGUGUCUCCUCAGCGCUUCCUCUUGGGUUCUGUAGAUUGAUGGUAGCCAGAUUGCUCCCCAUUCUGCACCUGACGUCUUGGACAACUUGCUGGUGAAAGGGGCCAACCUAUUUCUACUCAUUAUUUGGAAAGCUUAGCCAUGCUGAGUAGCGACGACUUGAAGCAGGCUUCAUCAAUACAUUCUGUCAUCCAGCAUUUUUAAGAAUUUAGGAAUUCCAUGAAGACGAGCUCGAUGCAGUGCGUUCUGAUUAUCACCAGCUAAGGUCAUCUGCUUGUAAUCAAGAAUAUUUUGUUGGGUAGGAAGCUCGGGACUUUGAUUUUUUCACAUAAAGACGUCACAUCAUACAUGCAGCCUUUCCAUGCUAGCAGUGAAGACGUCCAUAGCUGUCUUGAUCAACUCAAGGAGCAGUGCGAAUAGAGGCAUCGCGCAAUCAAGAUUCAAGUGGUUAGCGGUAGGUGCAUUCUGGUGGCGGUUGAUAUGCAGCAUCAGAAUGGGUUGGGCUUCCACAUAUGCAAACAAUACAGGACAAAAAUAAGAGAGUAUUCUUGUAGCAGCUUGUGACAUAGCACACGCGGAUGAAAGACGGGCAAUGAUGAGCGAGCGAGCGCGCGAGUGGCGUUGGAGGCUUUUCGAAUGAGUUGAGAUUCCUUCAGCUGUUAGGGCACCGCGGCUUGUAAGCCAAGGGAUUCUACUUGAGUUCGCCUGAUAGCUAGAUACAAGAUCUUCGUCGCGUAAUUGGACAUCCAUGACCAGCGGCUUUGGCUUUGCAUCCGAGUCUUUGAGCUUUGAGUUGGGGAGGGUGCAGAUGACCAUUCUUUUUCAGACGACGAACUAUUUUGCUGUAAUUUUGGGGGUUUUAUGUUGCUGCUUAUGUAGGCCUUCUCAACUUUUUAUUGAUUUCAAAUAGAUCUGAAAAGAACUAGUAGUGAGUAGUAGGGUCAUUUUUUGGAUUUGCAAAUGUAAAGACACAAUGAUUGGCACCAGACCCAUUUGUAAGGUAGACUCGGAGAUUGUAGCUGUACAGAUGCUUGUGAGCCUGGAAUUCAUCUCGGCCCGAGACAACAUACAGAGCUUGAUAUUCCUUAGCUUUGAACACUCACCCUUGAUAUUCUUCGCGAUCCAAUUUUAAUAAGAGACUAUGCUUCGAAUAGCCCAUUUUGAGCUUCCAUUUUAUUA